AUGGACAUAUUCGAUAACCACGAAAACAGUUCUGAAUCCUCUAUAUCCCUUGCCUCCUCAAUCUUUACUCAGGACCUGGAGCGGUUCAGCACCUACGGUUUUGAUUCUGAUGUCCCUGAUGAUGCGGACGGGGAUAUAGAUGAUGACCAUCAGCCUUACGGUCCUCCUACCUAUUCAUCAUUGAUGCUCGAGAAUGCCACCGUCCGCUCCGAUGCCGACUUCUUCUCCGUGACCGGCUGGACAACAGCAACAGUCGGGUCUUCGACCGAUUCCACCUCCGAAACAAGAUGCCCCGCUCCGGGCUCCGUGUCGGCCUCAGUCUCGGCUUCGGUCUCGAUGGCCGAUCUGACGGCGUCCACAUCCCGCCUGGAUCUCCAAGUCCAGGAUCCCCGGCCUUCUUCGUCAAUGACCAGUUCCAGUCCUGGUCCCAGCUUGCACGUGGUUGGCCGUGCUUCUGACAUUUCUGCCAACGCUGAUUCCUUGUUCAACUCCAAUUUUGAUUCCAACGCCAGCUCCAACUCCAACUACGGAUACACCUUUGAUCAAGGACUUUGUGGUAUCGGAGCUUGGGCAGACAUUGCAACGAGCCCAUUCGUCGCCAAAAUGAAGCGAAUCACUCCGCGACAAUGA